ACGAAAAUCAGUUCCAAAGAUACAUUCGUGCCGCUCGGGUUGUCAGUGCGUUCGUCGCUCGCUCACACACACCGUCUCUCUCUGGUUCAGCGUUCCACUGAGCACCGUUCAACGUUCCACCGUUCAGCGUUCAAUCGUUCACCGUUAGUUUUCGCCGCGCUUUUGCCCUCUCUCGCCGUGCGUAGCGGCAGCAGCAAUCAGCCAGUCAGCAACAACAAAAAGGUUCGCCGUCGCCAAAACAAACAAACAAACAAACAAACAAAAUAAAGAGAAGCCACAAAAUAACAUUUCAUUCUGCCCUACGAAAGUGCGUGAAACACAACGAAAGAUACAGAGAUCCAGAGAUCCAGAGAUACAAGAUACUUCUUCAAUAACAACAUACGAAAGAUAUACAUAUCUGUACAACUGUAACCGUUAACCGAUCGAUCGCUCAGUUCAGAUCAGUUCAACAUUCGAUCGUGUGUGUGUGUCCGUGUCCUGUGUGUAGGAUAUGUUUUUUUAUGGUGUAACCAGUGCCUCCUCAAACCUCAAACAAUAAACAACUGCAGCGCAAACAACUACACAUAGCAUAAACCCGAAUAUACCGCAAAGUAACUGGAUCCUAAAUUGGAAUAUAUUAUACGAUCCAAACGAUCCAAAACGAUUCGCCUACGAUCGAUCGAUCAGUGAUCGUUUUGUUUGUGUUUUUUUUUCGAUACAUUCAAGCCCACACUGAAGCAACCAGCGACGGAUCUAUUGAGGAUCCCACAUCCCGCUUUGGCAGGAUAACGGCUGGAAGGCAGUAAAGGGAGGAAGGAGCAGCAGGAGUUUCUUACACCGUGAACGUCUCUUAGAUCGGUCUCAAGAUUGAUUUCGGGGAGAUAGCAGCAGCACGUGGCGAGCGGACACACAACAGCUUCAACGUGGCGCUGCACUCAACAGAAGCCCUGAUGGCGGCGGGUUUCCUCAAAUCUGGCGAUUUGGGCCCCCAUCCGCACAGCUAUGGCGGCCCGCAUCCGCAUCAUUCGGUGCCGCAUGGACCACUGCCGCCGGGCAUGCCGAUGCCAUCUUUGGGUCCCUUCGGCCUCCCACAUGGUCUCGAGGCCGUUGGGUUCUCCCAAGGUAUGUGGGGUGUGAACACAAGAAAACAGCGUCGGGAGCGCACCACCUUCACACGCGCCCAGUUGGACGUCUUGGAGGCGCUGUUCGGCAAGACCCGAUAUCCGGAUAUAUUCAUGCGCGAGGAGGUGGCUCUGAAGAUCAAUCUGCCCGAGUCACGUGUACAGGUUUGGUUCAAGAAUCGACGCGCCAAGUGCCGCCAGCAGUUGCAGCAGCAGCAGCAGUCGAACAGUUUGAGCAGCUCCAAGAACGGCAGCGGCGGCGGAGGUGGCAGCGCCAGCUGCAGUGGCUCCAACAAUAAUCGCAGCGGCAGUGGCAGUGGCAACAACAACAGUGGCAGCGGCAAGUCCGGCGGCCAGAAGCAGAGUCAGAGCCAAAGCCAGAGCGGCGGCGGUGGCGGUGGCGGUGGCAGCAGCAGCUCGGCAGCGGCAGCGGCCAGUGCAGCGGCAGCCGUGGCAGCGGCUCAGUCGAUCAAGACGCAUCACAGUUCCUUCCUGAGUGCCGCUGCUGCGGCAGCUGCUGGAGGAUCGGGCGGUGGCAACAACAAUGGCAACAACAACAACAACAACAGCAGCGGCAGCAACAACAACAGCAACAACAACAACAACAAUGGGGGCGGCGGAUCAACGCCGAACAGCAGCAGCAGCAGCACCGGCGGCAGCAACUCCCACAGCCACAGCCACGCCCAUCUAUCCGCCGCAGCAGCAGCGGCCGCCCUGAACGUGACGGCGGCGCAUCAGAACUCCUCGCCCUUGCUCCCCACCCCGGCCACCUCCGUCAGCCCCGUGAGCAUCGUCUGCAAGAAGGAGCACGGCCUGACGGGCGGCUACGGUGGCGGCGGCGGAGGCGGCGUUGGUUCCUCCGGCGGUGGCGGCGGCGGCGGCGGCGGCGGCGGCCUCAAUCUCGGCGUGGGCGUCGGCGGUGGCGGCGGUGUCGGUGGCGUCGGCGUCGGUGUCGGUGUCGGUGUGGGCGUGUCCGGGGAUGUGCUCCGCUCGCCCUACGAUCAGCUGAAGGAUGCCGGCGGUGACAUUGGCGCCGGGGUGCAUCACCAUCACAGCAUCUAUGGAUCGGCGGCGGGCAGCAAUCCGCGACUGCUGCAGCCGGGCGGCAACAUUACGCCAAUGGACAGCAGCAGUAGCAUCACCACCCCCUCACCACCGAUCACCCCCAUGUCGCCGCAGUCGGCAGCAGCGGCCGCACACGCCGCGCAAUCGGCCCAGUCCGCCCACCACUCGGCCCACUCGGCCUACAUGUCCAACCACGACUCGUACAACUUCUGGCACAACCAGUACCAGCAGUACCCCAACAACUACGCCCAGGCGCCCAGCUACUACUCCCAGAUGGAGUACUUCAGCAACCAGAACCAGGUGAACUACAACAUGGGCCACUCGGGCUAUACGGCCUCCAACUUUGGCCUGUCGCCGUCGCCCUCAUUCACCGGCACUGUGUCCGCGCAGGCCUUCUCCCAGAACAGCCUCGACUACAUGUCGCCGCAGGAUAAGUAUGCGAAUAUGGUGUAGAAUCUACUCUUCCAGUACUGCG